CACACCGAUGUGCCGCCGCACAAGUAGGGAAGGAGGAUGUUGCGGCUUCGCGUUCUUUAAAAAAAAUUCUUUUUAGCACUUUUUCGUUCGCUUUCUUUGAACUGAAAUCCAUUCUGCGGAAUCUUCAGCCGCACGUGAAAACAUUUCAAACACUUAUUUUUUAAAGUAAUAAAGUAAGAGAACACUUUUGCUUUUCACGCAACCAGAUCGGACAUGGUUUGUUGUUCCCUAGGACGGGAAUGAACAACUACAGCUUUUGAUGACUCUAAGGAAAACGGCUCGUGCGUAAAGAGAUGCGAAGUGUUAAUUAAUGCACGCGAGACAAAGGCGGUAUUAUUGACAGCUGAUGACUCCGCGGGCGGACAAGACGCAUUCCACCAGUAUUCCUUCGGAUCUGCACGAGAGGCAGCAGUAACGGAUGCAGUGGAAAGGAGCAAUGGAGCUGCAGUGGGUGCACACUGAGGAAAAGUGAGAUAGCCCCAAGCUGGGGAACAAGCCAGCUCAGUGAGUAGGGAAUCACAGCGGGACAAGGAGACCCAGCCGAGGAAGCAUUCAAGGAAGAGGGACUAGAUGUUUGUUCCAUCUCACUAACCGCAGUCCUGCAGUGCUUUGACUUGGACUUGCAGGAUGACCGUAGUAGCCGGAGAUAACAUGGAUGAGACGUCAGCUGUGCCGGGGCAUCCACAGGAUACAUACUCCCCCGAUCAUGAUGACCAUGAAUGCUGCGAGAGGGUGGUUAUCAACAUUGCCGGGCUGCGCUUCGAAACCCAGCUCAAAACUCUCGCACAGUUCCCAGAGACUCUGCUGGGGAAUCCCAAGAAGAGAAUGCGCUACUUCGACCCCUUGAGAAAUGAAUACUUCUUUGACCGAAACCGUCCAAGCUUUGACGCUAUCCUCUACUACUACCAGUCUGGUGGGCGGCUGAGGAGGCCAGCGAAUGUCCCUUUGGACAUGUUCUCUGAAGAAAUUAAGUUCUAUGAACUUGGGGUGGAGGCAAUGGAAAAGUUCCGCGAGGAUGAAGGGUUCAUCCGUGAAGAAGAGCGGCCCCUGCCUGAGAAGGAGUUCCAGCGUCAGAUCUGGCUCCUUUUUGAACACCCUGAGAGCUCAGGACCAGCGCGAGGCAUUGCUAUAGUGUCUGUCAUGGUCAUUUUAAUUUCCAUCGUUAUUUUCUGUUUGGAGACUUUGCCUGAACUGAAAGAGGACCCCAAGGGGAGAAUACAGACAAUAGGCAACAGCACCUUCUUCUAUAAACCAAACAUCCUCACUGACCCCUUCUUUAUUGUAGAGACCCUCUGUAUAAUCUGGUUCUCCUUUGAACUUAUAGUCCGGUUCCUUGCAUGUCCAAGCAAGGCAGCCUUCUUUAAGAACAUGAUGAACACUAUAGAUAUAGUAGCUAUUAUUCCUUAUUUCAUUACGCUGGGCACAGAGUUAGCAGAGGAUGCAGAGAGUACAGAGGUCAAAGGCGAGCAGGCAACAUCACUGGCCAUCCUCAGGGUGAUUCGUCUGGUCAGGGUGUUUAGGAUUUUCAAGCUAUCCCGCCAUUCCAAAGGCCUGCAGAUUUUAGGGCAGACACUAAAGGCCAGCAUGAGAGAGCUCGGCUUGCUCAUCUUCUUCCUCUUCAUCGGAGUCAUCUUGUUCUCGAGCGCCGUGUACUUUGCGGAGGCAGAGGAGUUGGAGUCUCACUUCAGCAGCAUCCCUGACGCCUUUUGGUGGGCUGUCGUCUCAAUGACGACAGUAGGCUAUGGAGACAUGGUUCCUGUGACCAUAGGGGGCAAGAUCGUUGGUUCACUAUGUGCCAUCGCUGGCGUGCUCACCAUUGCCCUGCCGGUGCCUGUCAUUGUCUCCAAUUUCAAUUACUUCUACCACAGGGAGACAGAGGGCGAGGAGCAGGCCCAGCUUCUGAACGUCAGCAAUCCCAACAUCGCAUCCGAAUCUAACUCAAGCCGGCGCAGCUCUUCGGUUGCCAGCAAGUCUGAGUACAUGGAGAUUGACGGAGACAUGAACAACAGCAUGGACAACUUCCGAGAGGCCAACCUCAGAACUGGCAACUGCACCAUAGCCAAUCAGAACUGUGUGAACAAAAGCAAGCUGCUAACUGAUGUUUAAAGUUUAGCAUGGCACCAUGGGACUUUCAAGGUUUCCAUUAAAUUGUUGAUUGCUUUAAUAUUUGAAUGCUUCACUUAACUCCCUAGUGCACUCCUGCAAUUAUUAUACACUGCAGAUGAAAGGACAGCAAACCAAAAGAUACAAUAUGAUGUUACAAUAUGAAACAAAUACAGAUAUGUAUAUAUAAAGUAUACAACAGUAUAAUUCAGUUUCAACAGGGCCCUGCAUAUAGGCUAUACAUUGGGAAGCAGACCCCUGCAGAACAUAUAGGAACAUCUGUACGUCAGCUAAUUCUCUAGAAUCAGCUAAUUCUCUAGAUGCCCUGAUGAGGACUCUGGAUGACUCUUCUUAGCCAGCUGUGGUGAUUGUUGAAACAUAAUGCAUGGAUUACAGAUUACAUGGAUUACAAAUUACAUGGAUCACAGAUUACAUGUCAGCAAAUUGCACAAUGCAUCCAAGGCAAAUGCUUAAAAUGACAUCCGUCCCAUGAGGACAAGGUGAGCCAUCGGCUGUGUUUGGCCUGCACGUGGUCUUCCUCAUGGUACUCCACACCUACUGACCAGCUAAGCACCUUAUAGCAACAAGACUGAUUUCCUGCUGGCCUGCUGUGAGGGACAAAGUCCCCACCUCAUGGACAUCCGCAAUGCUGCUCCUUUUCAGCAGAUGCUGUAACAGAUAUCACCAAGUGAUUCAAUGCCAUGCCCUUUAGAUGCAAAACAGCACAAUGAAAGGGAGAAAAAUAGCUUAUCAACAAGCAUGUUUCGAUUAUCUUCAUUUUGACCUUGGCAUGUGUGAGACGUUACCUCAUUCGACCAAUUUCUUUCUCCCUCUCCCUUUUCAUUUAUUACCUGUCAAUCAUUGUCUUGAAAAAUGCAUUAGUUUGAUAUGAUUUGAUCUGAAAUACUUCUCAUUUGAAAUGCUUCUCAUUUAGGUAUAUCUAAGGACUGAAUGUUUAAACUUAAGGGAAACCAUCUUAAUGAGAAUAUGAUUCGAAAUGCUUCUCAUUUAGAUAUAUCUAAGGACUGAAUGUUGAAACUUAAGGGAAACCAUCUUAAUGAGAACAUAGCAUGUUAAAAUAACUUGCAUUAUGGCCUAUUCAAACUAAGGUACUGUGUAUCCUAGUAUAUUUAAUGCAUGACACAGGUAUUAUACAGCUUGUUGCAAUGUAGACACCUUGAAAGGUGUCAGUGUUACUAUCAGGGAAAGUAGGGACUUUGAAUCCUGAAAUUUUCUGAAAUGUGACAAAAAAUAUAUGCAAGCCCCCAGCACAGGGAUGCAAACUUUCUAAUAUAAAAGUACUCUAAGAACCAGAGAAAACAAAACAAUUAAUACUAUGAAAUUGCAUAUACUCAUAAUAAGCACCUGUUAAAAAUAAGUAUAACUUACAAUAGUGCAAUGCAUGGGCCUUUUCUCAAAAAGAGAACAAUGAGCCAAAUACAAUUCAUGCUUUCAUAUUUGCAGACAAAUUUAGGGCAUCACGAAUUUUCUCAAGCAGGAUGCAAAGUAAUUACUUUUAUUAGUUGCUAGUGCCUUUUGACCCUCUCAAUAGUAAGAUAGGUGAAAGUGCCUCGGUUAAAUGGAUUUCAUGGAGUUAUAACAGAAGGCUGUUUCUGUCAUAGCAUAGCAAGUAAACUAAAAGCACGUGUGGAAAAAACAAGGGUACAAAAAAACCCCUAACAUGACAUAUGGUUGUCAGGCACAACUUGACUCUUCUGCAUUAUCAUGCACUAAGGCCCUGAUAGGACAUUAAAAAUGGGCCACAUCAAAUGGGGAAGAGGGGUAUCUCUUAUAGAUUUUUUUAAAAAAUCUGCCUUGCAUUGUAGUUUUAACUUGUGUUGUGCCAUAAUGAGUCUACCUCAGUGAGGUUGUCACUGUGGGGAGGAAGUGAGGUCACCACUGGACAAAAUAUCUCCUCGGUGUCGAGCCCCUGUAAAUGUGGGAAUGCUCUGGCCAGUUGUGUGUUAUACUCCAAUAAUAAAAACUUGAUUUCAGAGGACCCCAACAGCAAGCCUUUAUGGAAGCACUUAAAUAAAUGCAGCAAUGCGACUGUUCCCUGAGUCCCGGUCCUUUUAGCUAUGCACAAUCAAGACUCCUGCUUUUACUUGGCAUUCUGAGCUUCAUGUUUGUUAUAUUUUUAUCAUCAUAGCUGUGUUUGUGGGAAAGGUCUGCAACCUGAUCCUCAGAUGAGCAGUAUGUACAUCUAGGAUUACAAAUUAGAAUAACUUUAUAAAAUUUGAAUUUGGGAAACAUGUCCAAAAUGCAUAUUCUGUGUAGUUUUUCCAUAUAAAAAAAACCCUGUGUCUUUGAAAAAAACAUGUGUCUUGAGUCAGCCAAAGAUUGUCUGUCAUCUUUGGUGUAAGUUAUUGUAACCUAUGGAAGGUUACACUGUGCAGAAACAAAUAGCUUUAAGUUGGGCCCACUUAUGUUAAUUAAGAAAAUGACUUAUAUAAUGACUAUUAUUAAGAAGUGAUAUAAUUUGCAAAAUGAGAUAUGGUUGAAAAAGUACUUCAAAAAGUAACUCCAAUCUGAUAUGAAACACCCUGCCUUUUGGAACUUUUAUUUCCAGUGGGCACUGCAAAUGUUUUUAUGAAGCAACUGCCUAGGUUAAUCCAUGUUAAUAUGUCUGAUGUAAAUGUAAAAAAAUAGUGAUAGAACUAAAAAAUUUAAUAAAAUGUAGAUUUAAGUUAGGCUACCACCUACUAAGACAAAGCUACAAAACAAUGCCCAUUUAUUUCAGUGUGUUAAAUUGUACGUUAGGGAGAACCAGCUAACAGUGGCACAUGAACAGUGAUUGAGCCAUAUGGUGCUAUGCAUAUAUUUAACAAAAACAUAUAUUAUGGCAGCAAUAGAGUUUAGAGAUUCAUAUUUACAGGGACUGAAUUUAAAAGCAACUGUCAUGUAUUUACACUGGGUUUCUUAGAAUGCAACAUUUAACAAGGGCUCUGGUUAUUUUAGUAGUUAUACUUGUAAUAGUUAUACUAAAGGUAGAAAAGGUUUUUUUUCCUCUUAUGUUACGACCAUAAAGCAAGAAGAAGCACUGUAAUGACAUAUAGCACUUCCUGAGGUUGUUUUGUUGUUGUUGAUGUUGCUGUUGUUGUUGAUGUUGUUUUGUCCUGUCUGGGACAGGACAACAAAAUGAAAAGCUGCUACCCCACAUGUUUAUAACAAAACGUUUUGUUGCCAUAUUUCUUACUGAGUAAUAUUAAUCUUGGUUAAGGUUGGCGCAAAAAAAGAAAAAUGCCGUUCAGAGUGAUUCUAUUGAGUUUGUAAUCCAAAAUGAUAGCCACUAAAGAUUUUCAUUAUAAAUAACUGAGAAUUUCAAUAAUUCAGUAAUUCCCACGGAUUAAGCUGAUGGUCUCUUUUUUCUUUCUUUCUUUCUUUUUGAUUUUGAAUAGUGUUAGUGAUUAAACUAACUACUUCCGGUAAGGAUCAAAAAGAUAAAGUGACACACUGUUUUAGAGAUUAUGCUAGAGAGUGACAAAUGACAUGCAAUCAUGUAGUUAUUAAUGCUGUAAAAGUAACCUGCUACAAUGCUGAAGUAAAAGGCCUGGUCAUGUCUCCAGGGCCUGGUCAUGUCUCCAGGGCGUGGCCAUGUCUCCAGGGACUGUCCAGGUCUCCAGGGCGUGGUCAUGUCUCCAGGGCGUGGUCAUGUCUCCAGGGCCUGGUCAUGUCUCCAGGGCGUGGCCAUGUCUCCAGGGACUGUCCAGGUCUCCAGGGCGUGGUCAUGUCUCCAGGGCGUGGCCAUGUCUCCAGGGACUGUCCAGGUCUCCAGGGCGUGGUCAUGUCUCCAGGGCCUGGUCAUGUCUCCAGGGCGUGGUCAUGUCUCCAGGGACUGUCCAGGUCUCCAGGGCGUGGCCAUGUCUCCAGGGACUGUCCAGGUCUCCAGGGCCUGGUCAUGUCUCCAGGGCGUGGUCAUGUCUCCAGGGACUGUCCAGGUCUCCAGGGCGUGGUCAUGUCUCCAGAGCCUGGUCAUGUCUCCAGGGUGUGGUCAUGUCUCCAGGGACUGUCCAGGUCUCCAGGACGUGGCCAUGUCUCCAGGGCAUAGCGCUUCAGAGAACAUAAGUAGUUUCUUCACCUGUGCAGCCUCAUGUUGCUAUUAACGUUUUUCUUUCUGUGGCUCAGUAGAUUAAUGUGGUUCAGAAAAACCAUGCCCUUACUAAAAACAACAGCAGACUCAGAUGAGUCCUUAUGACAAGCCAUGACAAAUAGAUAGAUUAUAGCUAGUAUUAUCAAUCUUCAAAUAGAAUUUAAAAAUGGCAUUUGCAUCUGUCGUUUACAUUUAUCACACUGUCAACAUCAUACAAGUGUACCAAAAUGAAAUCCCAUUGUGAAAUUAUACUGUAAAGAUACAUAUCUCAACCAAUUGCAAAAAAAAUAAUAAUAAUUCUAAUAAUAAUCUGCAUGGUCUGUGAAUGCAUGAGCUUAGUCUUUCGAAACAGAGGGUCGACUAUGUUCUGGUUGCACCGUUUUUAAAGCCCUUGCUCUCGUGUGCACCCAAGGCUGUCACAGCCACUCCCUUCCUCCAUUGCUCCAUUGUCAUCUGAUUCUUUUUCCUUUGGUCUGGGGACUUAUUUUCUGUCCCCAGUCAAAUCUCAACCCACAGAUCAUAAAGUUUUUUUUCAGCCAGUUGAAUUUGCUAAGGAUGAUGAGUAUGUAACACUAUCUGGGAGGUUACAGUAAGUUCCAGUGGAAAUGCAGUAUGCUCUGAAAGCAUACCAAAGUCAUCAAAUAUCAAGCAUAUCAGCUAUAUGUUCAUAUUAUACAAAUGAGUUAGAUUAUCAUGUUUGUUACAUGUAAAAAUGACAUUCGUGUAUUAAUUAUUUUCUUUUUAAUAUUUUGUUAGAGGAAUUUCACUACAAGGUGUCAGAUAUUGACAAAGGCAUGGUCUGUGAUCUAUGCAAGGGUAUUUUUGUUUUGUACUGUCAUAUAUGAUUUCAUCAUACAUUUAAAUCAAUAAAUUUUUAAGGAUCCGUU